UAAUAAUAAUAUAUAUGUAUGUUUUUUUUUACAUCCGGAUAUUUAGCUUCUCGAAUGUUAAAAAUGAUAGACUCAAGUAUUGAGCCUUGUCAUGAUUUUUAUCAGUUUUCCUGUGGAGGUUUUUUAAAGUCUUCCGAAUCAACUGAUGGUUUAAGUCAAGUAGAAAGAUUGUCGAAAGUAGAUGAUAAAUUUCUUAAAAAUUUUAAAACAAUACUCGAACAAAAUAGUUCAAUUGAUGAGUUUAAAUAUUUAAAGCUUGCCAAGACGUUAUACAAAGCUUGUAAUAAUAAAAGUACUAGUACAUUUUUCAAUUCAGUGAAGCCCAGUGGAGGCUGGCCUGUUUUAAAAGGAUCUCAAUGGAAUGAAAAUGCAUUUGAUUUCAACAAAACCAUAUUUAAUGUUGGUAAUACAACACAAUGGAAAAAUUAUUUUUUUCAAUUUGAGUUAUAUUUGGAUGAUUCUCAUAUCAUAAUUGAACCGUAUCCAUCUGACUUGAGUUUAGAAGAUUUUAUUCAAGGUCGUAAUAAUUCUGAAGUCAAUGCUUAUUACAAUACCACGUUUACGUCUGCCUUUAACUUGGAUGCUUCAAUUUACAAUAUGAAUUACACAGAUGACCUUGAAAAAAUGAUUGAUUUUGAGAUUGAGCUAGGUCGUGCAAGACUUUCAAAAGAACAACAAUUAAAUCCAAUUUUUGAUACAGUUGAAAUGACACUCAGUGAUUUGAUAAAUAAUUAUUCUUUUUUUAAUUGGCAAGAAUAUAUCAAUUAUCAUCGUGAUUCUCCAGUUAACUCAUCGACAAUUAUUAUUAUUGAAAAUAUUAGUUAUAUGAAAAAAUUACAAUAUUUGUUAAAGUCAACAGAAACAAAAACUAUAGCCAACUAUAUUAUGUGGAAACACAUAUAUAGUAAUUGGAUAUCAGCUGCAUUGGCCCUCAACGAAAAGUGUGCUGAUUUUGUAUUGGAUAAGCUUCCAAUUGCAGCGGGAGCAAUUUAUGUUCAAUAUCAUAAUUUUCCUAAAUUAACAAAUGCCCACAAUCAUCUUUUGGAAAUAAGUUUGAAUAUCAAAGAAAAAUUUAAUGAAAUGAUCGAAGAGACUGAUUGGAUGGACGAUGAAACCAAGAACAAAACUAAAAAAAAACUCAAAUUAUCUAACAAUAUUAUUGGCUAUUUAAAUGAAUUUACAAAUAAUUCAAAAGUUGAUGAAUAUUAUAAAAAUUUAGAGCUAUUUGAUGAUGAAAAUGUUUUUGAUUCAAUCGGGAAAAUCGAUUUAUUUGAACGAAAAUAUAUGCUGACAUAUAAUAACGAAAAUAUAUGGCCUAUUUUGGGAACUUACAUGAUUCGUGGAGUUGCUGCUUUUCAUCCUUAUUCAAACUCUAUAGUGGUUUCGUAUAAAAUACUUACAAAUGAACUUUUUGAUUUUGAACAACCGAAUUACAUAAAUUAUGCUGUGUGGGGUUCAAUAAUAGGCCAUGAAAUUACUCAUGGUUUUGAUAUUAGUGGGAAAAAUUUCGACGCAACAGGUCGUUUAAAUGAUUACUGGACAGCACUUUCAACAAAAAAUUUUCAUAACAAAUCAAAAUGCAUUAUUGAACAAUAUGAAAAUUAUACAGUUCCAGAAAUUGGGUUGAAGUUGAAUGGACGUCUUACACAAGGUGAAAAUGUUGCUGAUAAUGGUGGAUUGAAAGCUGCUUAUCGAGCCUAUGAAAAAUCAUUAAAUAUGGAUAAACGACUUCCUGGUUUGGUCUACACUCCAAAACAGUUGUUUUGGAUAAGUUAUGCGAAUUUAUGGUGUAACAAAACUACCCCGCAAGAUAUACUAUCAGAUAUUGAUGACGAACAUGCGCCAAUCAAAUUUCGAAUUGUUGGAACUUUAUCAAAUAUGCCAGAGUUUGCAAAAGAUUUUAAUUGUCCAUCUGGAUCCAACAUGAAUCCAAUUAAAAAAUGUUCUGUCUGGUAAAACAUAUAUAUUUAAUUUAUCGGUUUAAAUAAUCAACAAUAACAAUAAUAUUUGUAAAAAAAAAAAAAAAUUAAAUUCCAAUCUCUAUUUUAAUUUAAUUUGCAUAGUCAAAUAAUUUUCAAAAAAUAGCAUCAAACAACAGUUCAACUCUUUAAAAAUAAA